AUGUCUCGAAACAAAGAAAACAACCCCCUCUUCACUGCCCAACAACAUGGUCGCCUUUCGUCGUUGGGCAGACACCCGCCCAGUGAAGACUUCUUCACCGACAGCAUCCUGGAGGAUUCGCGUAUCCCGACUCCGAGUCCGCAAAAGUCAAGUCCUGCCAAACCUCGACGCGCCAUCGGUGCUGGAAGAGUCCUCCAGUCCACCAAGGACGUGGGGAAUAAACCGAGACGUUCCUCACUGGCAGAAUACACAGCAUCGCGUGCAACCAAACGCCUGCAGCCAGCGCCCUCUCUGACGAGAAAGAAAAGUCCCAGUCCGCUCCGAACCGACGGCCCGUCGACUCCCCUGCAGUCCAGAUAUGGCACCAGCUUAACGAGCCCUACAUCGGAAUGCUCUAGUCCGCCCGGGGGAAUGACAGACGUGUACCGCAGAAUAGCAGACGAGGAGGAUCUGGUUGCCACAGAAAGAGAAGUGGACACGGACGAGGACGAGCUCGAAGACGAGAGGCAGGAUACACUGGAAUUGGAUGUAGAUGUCGGCGACAAACCUACAGAUGAAGCAGACGAGAACAAAUCUCUUACCCAGAAACGCGCAUCGCGUGAGUCCACACCGGUUCAGUCGCCCAGCGAAACCGGCCGAGAGAACAUGGUGGAUGAUCGCGUGGAAAGCUACUCGGAACCACCGACUCUGGACUUCGUGCGGAAUGAAAUGACGGAUAGGGUUCUUGCGGCCAAAUUAACCCCUCAUGUCAUUGAUCGGGCGAAGGAUAGAGCACGGCUGGACAGACUACGACAAAGCCGGAUACCGAUCGAUUUCGAGCACAGUCCAAAGCCCCCGCGAAGCACCCCGGACAGGAAUGGGCGUCGCAAUGACAUUGCCAGUGUGGCCAGCAGAGGUCCUAUCAUGUUCAACAACGUGACGACAGUCCCCAAAGCCUAUUCAGAUACAAGUGCUGAGUCUACGCCUCACAAAAGAAUCAAAGCCUUCAGUCGAGCAACUAGAGCUGGCGCCCACAAGAAGACCCCUGUUGACGAUGACGAUGGUAGUGAUACACCCCCUGAGUUGAGGGAAAAGGAGCGAGUGAUAGCCUUCAGCAAAGCAACACGCCGGAAGCACAAGCCUGACGCUGAACCAGAAUCACCUGAAGUAGCGCCUGGACCACGACUGGUCGCCUUUUCUCGCGCCAAUGGUCGGUCGCGUCCCUACGGAGCUCCCUAUGAGCCGAAUGGAAGUGAACAGGUCACCCAAGACCCAUCGAACGGGAGCGUUUCGUCAACAGUUUCCGAACCUCUCCCUGAAUCGACGACAAAUGCUGGAAAGAGCUUGCAGGCGGCUCGCUCGUUCCUUGCAAAGUGGCGUCAAGAGACAGCAGAGAAGCGUUCUGCUCAAAAGCAGGAAUCGGCAGAUGACACUGGGUCUCAGGUCGAUUGGGCAGCUGCAGCCGCAGAUGUGCCUUUGCCGUCUGUUGAAGAGAGUUCGACUCCUCGAGAUACACCUCCAAAGGGAGCUUGGCCUUCGUCCGUCCAAAAGCACAGCCCAGCCGACAGGAUACGCAAGUGGGAGAACGAUUUUACAGGUCUCUCGUUCCAGGUGUCCGAAAGCCCUCCUGUUCGCACUCGACUCAACCACAGUGACACUCUGAGGGAGAAGGAAAUCGAGGAACUGGCUAAGCAGGCAGUCACCACCAACAGACUGGAUGAAAUCCUUGUCAAGGACCCCAACGUGAGAGUGCGGAAGAGCUCUUCCUCACUGAGUCCGGAAGACCGCAGGCGAAGCAACCCAGGAGCACUCGACACUGCUUUGGAGAAUCCCAUUACAGACGGGCGACAAGUCGGUGUUGGGAGCCAUGUUCCAGACACACCUGUGGUGGUAUACAAGCAAUCCGGUGGCAGUAGGGAGGACUCAAGUUCUUCUUACAAGUCGACCGCUGAAUCACAGAGCUCGCUUGACCAUCUGCAGAGACUCGCACGUGCGGCAAGCACGACACCAAAAUCAAGUCCACCCGUGCAGGAUCUUUUGAGAGAGGUUGAAGUGGAGUCCGCGAUCGAGGAUGUUGCCGUGCCCCCUGUGGUGCGAACCACUGCUUCACCGGACCAAUCUCCGCAACCUGCGCGGAAAGAAGUAAAGCAUCCCACAACCUACGCAGUGGCCGAGACUCCUAGAGUCACAGGUGCCUGGACAGAUACGAUACUGCCCGACACGGUCAAGACCCAGAGACGACCCCAAAAAUCAUCAAAGUAUCUGGAGACACCACACGUUAAUGCCGGAGCUUGGAUUGACACUCCACUUGUGAACGGCAACCGGGCGCACACGGCUCCUUUCCCAAACAUCAUUGAGGAAGUCACCGAGGAGAUUACCAAUGGUAUUGUUGCAGGACUGGCCGAGUCUGUGGAUGAAGAUGGCCUGUUGGAUGAACAACCGAAGAACAAUCAAGAGGAUUCAGAACCCCAGCGUCCUGCAAAUGGGGCGGUUGUCAUACCCCCCAGUGCGCUCAGCAAUGUCCUCAACGAGGCCAAGCAAAAGAGACUCGUGUCACGCGACAUCACCGACGUUCGAGACGAUACUCUCAAUCUGGGUGACGCCACGAUCGCCUCGUUCGAGGAGCUUCUGACCGACGCUGCAGAUAUCACGGCGGACCUGACAAGUCUCAUCAAAACGGGAGCGGAAGAUGAAGUCAUCAAGCAGAGGCAGCGUGAACGUGAAGCCAUGGGAGACUCCGACACUUCCGAAGUCGCCUUCAUCGGUCAUCUGACUUCAAGGAUGGAGCGACUGAUGUCGAACCUCCAUGAAGCAAGAAAGGGCAUUUCCAGGCUGGAGCAAAGAGUGUCGCAUAGCCCGCCACCGGACUCUCAAAUGGAGUCCUUGCAAGCCCAAGCGGCGAUUGCGUCUCAGGGGCAGGAUUCAAACCAGCCAUGUUCGGUGUGUGGUCGUGGUCGCGGUCGUGGAGGUGACGAGAUGCACAAGCAUGAGUUCGCGUACGACUCGACCAAGCUCGGGAUUCCCGUGUCUUACUCGACCUUCACGGUCCCUGUUCCACACCUGUUCCACCCGCGGCGCAAGGAUCGCGGCCAAAUCCUGCCCCGGCCCACAUGGCUCGGAUGGGCCACCAUCGCCGUUUGGAUCUGGUAUAUCACGGAAUGCACGCUCUGCGAGAUCUACUGCCAUCCUUUGUACGCGGCGCAAUAUGUCUGGCCCAGUCAGCCGGAGCCGGAAUUUCCUUUUGUUCUGCCCACAAUGCUGUGGCGGUGGAGUCGUCUAGAUGUACUGCCUCUGGCUCUGGGACCAGGCCUGUUAGCACCUGUCUGGCGGCUUCUGGUGGCGCUGUACAGAGUCGUCGGGAUGUUUUUGGGGCUGACGGAUGGAUUCGUGGAUGACCCCGCCAGACAAGCUGCUGGAGCUCGUGCCGCUGCCGGAAAAGUGGCUGCCGAAGCGACCAAGUCUGUGUUGAACGCGGCCCAAGGGAUGAACCAGGGUUCUGGCCUUCCGAGGUCUGGUGAAGGCCCGGAUCUCAGCAUGAUGAAUGACGAGUUUAUAUGA